CCUUACAUUAAACAGCUGUGCUCAAACUUAUUUUGGCAUGUUCCCCUUGUCCCAUGAAUUUCAUCAAUUCUUUACAAUAUAAAAACAACCAGAUGAACUCUUUGUGAUGUAAACAUGAGCACAGUAACAUCACCAAAUUAUUGUUUAUUUCUGAAGAAAAAAGUAUUUCUACAUAGUGUCACUUUUUGUUUUUCUUUUUUUUAACCUGCUUGGCUGUGUCCCACCUGCAGUGGCUCUAAACCCCACCACAGACUGAGAAACACUGCACUAAACAUAUCACUUCCUGGUUCCCAACACACGGGAAAACUCUUCACAUAUUUUUUUUUAAAAGGAAGCAUCUAAAGAUUUAAUGUCACAGCUUUCACCGUUUUCAUGUAUUUUACGGCAGCGUUGGUCCAGAUACUGGAUACCAGAAUCAUGAUACAAAUGUUUUGUGAGUUUAUUUCAUGUGUGGAAUAUGUGUGAAGUUCAAGCCUGAGCUAAGCUUUUGUGUCUUUCCCAUAUAGGCUAUCACUUCAAAGGCCCGUAUACUGCUGUUAACAGCUGGAUAGAGAUCCUGCUGAGGAUGACUGCUGUCAAGUUCACUGGAGCAUUACACUGCAAUAGCCUUUGUGAACCAGAUAGUGGCACUACAUAGCUCCCACAAGUGUCUCUCUGAACUUACUGUUAGCACUCAGUGAUGAGUUGAAUGGUUGUCAGGCAUUCCCAGAGCUAAUUAGAAUUAAUGGAAGACAGUGAUGGACACAGCUGAGCCACAGCAAAUUUGAACUAAAGGUCUGAGAUCACUGUAAGCAACUUAAUGUAGACUUAACCACUCACAUUUCACCCUUUUGAAGAGGAAGCUUAUAGACUCUAAAACAACUAUGGAUUCUUUUUUAUGGCAUAAAAUAUAACUUGUAAUAGAUCUCUAUAUAUUUAAUGAGAAGCCUCGAGAAAAUAAUAUAGACAUGCCCAAAGGUUUGUUAUAUGAUUUUACUAAAGAUUAAGUCUAUACUGGUUUAUCAGAUAUUCUGAAGGGAGUCUAGUUGAAAUGCUGUUAAUUUCGAGUUUUAUUGACACUGCUCAUACGCUGUAGGUAAAAUGGAUGAGUUCCAGUGAGUUCCAAUUAAAACAUCAAGUAUUUCCUAUUUAAGUAAAAUUAAAAAUUCCAUGAUCUUUAUUUAUCGGGAACAAGAAGCUUCCCCUCCGUUGUUUCCUAUUUUAAAGUUACAAAUUUAAAAGAUUACUUCAUCCGAAGCAAUUCCAGAUCUAUGCCAGUUUAGCUGAUUUCAGAAAGUCCGCAGAUACGUUUUGAAAUCCCUGUCCAGCUCCCCUCACCCCAGUCUCGUGCCCGUCGCGCCCCUGUCUCCAGGGAGAUGGGAAUGAGAAGGGGCAGCACGCAGACUCCUCUCGCGCACUGGAAUGGGAGCCCGCCACUCUCCCUCGAGGAGCCCCCCAGGCGUGACCAAUGGAACAUAGAGUCUCCAUUGUGGCUGCGACACUUUAAUAAUCGCCAGCUACAAUAUCCAACCUGUCGGUAGCUUCAGGAGCCCGGCACAGCCCGUUAGAUGGGGGGGCUCGUAGGUGGGAAGAGGGGGCAAACGCUCGGCGCCAGACCUCUAGCCCGCAAGACGUCCCCAUGAUGAAUACAUGAAUAAAAAAUGGAAAAGACUGAUGUCGGAUUAUCUCUGAAAUUAUGGGGUUCCUUCCCACAAUUCCUUGCUAUAUAUUGUGUGGUGGAUAUCUCGCGGAUUAGGAAUGAAAACGCAAAAAAAAAAUUUCUUUAUUUUUUUUCAUUAUGUGAUAAGUUUAUUUCAUUUGAAUUUGGUUUGAUUUUUUUUAGUAUUACCACGAUACUUUGGCAACUACAUUCGGGUUUGCAUCUCUUGAUCUUUGUGUCCCAUACACCGAUCUUCUGCAUAUCCUUCUAAUCCUUCUAAUUCACUGCGCUGAGCCCAUUUCCCAUCAGCAAUCAUCCUCUUGCUCUUUUGCCGGGUGCCUAAAGUUUACAUCUCAGUGAGCACGGCUCCUUUGAUCAUCAGACUGAACGUGGUUCAAUUUGCUUCCCGUUGAUUUUUCUAACUGUAGCUUUAAAAGCCGUAUUUCCUUUUUCUUAAGGUCGCCUAUCUUAUAGAAGGCAUGGUGAAGUUUGGCAAUAGCGUCGGUGUGUGUGUGCGCGAGAGAGAGCCCUUCAACCGCGCGCCACUUCUGUCAGUACGGAAACAGUGUUGAGACCCCUACUCAUGUUUCCGUUCCCUGUGAAGCCCUUUUUUACCGACAGGGCGGUACCGAGAGCUGGAUCAAAAGGUUUUAGAGCCGCUACAAAAGAAAAAUGGAAACUGGAGAUGAUCUUAGAAUGAAUGAAUUGACAAUGAGCGCGCGAGCCCCAGGAACCGCUACAUUCUUUUUUUUUUUUGGUCACGCUUCAUCUACCCACAGGCUUUUCUUCCUCAACUUUGUUCAUUUCUGCUACUGGUGAAAUCCAGCAGUUUGGUUUUGGCUGAGGCGUUAAAUGAAUUAACCGAGUCACCGCUUCCACAGCCGUGGGUAGCAAAUUAACCACUUGAACCUUGCCAUUCGCCUCUUUAACCCUCUCCCUACUCUCCAUCAUUCCUGAGAUGGAACACGGGCUCAGAAGCAGGUAGGUGUUCUUGUCCCGUCCACGCUCCUCACCUAAAAACCGUCAUCACUUGCACGUGCGUCCUGUGGGAGGUUCCCCUUACCUCCCUUGUGUUAAACACCCCCUUAAAUUGUAACGUUAUCAUAAACAGUCCAGCGUCGGGGGGUCAUAAUCGCCUCUCUCGGGCUUUACCGAGACUUCUCAUUGGACGUCAACACGCGACCGACGCGAGGAGGGGGGCUUCCAGGCGCGUGCCGCUUUUUAAACCGACGCCGCGCCUUGAGACACCAGAGAAGGAGUCUCGCACGCGACACUCACAUUCACUCGGUGAGACAAUAUAGCUGUGCGUGCCUCCGAUAACUUUUUUUCUCCACAGUGUUUUUCUUGGGAGGGAAUCAUGGAUGGCCUAACUGUGGAGGGCUGGAGCAAAGGCGCACGUGAGGUGCCGGCCAUGCACUCGCGGCAGCAGAGUUGUGGGAGCCCCAGAGAGGUGGAGAGGGGAGGGAAGCAACAGUUCGAGGAGUCCCGCUACGAACCUGGGCUGACGCUCGUGGACAGCGAUAGCGACCCACGCGCCUGGCUGGCUCCCGCUUCUGGCACCUGUGCGGCACACGCCACUUCACCCGACUACCUGCGGCACUCGCCAUGUCCGAGUACCGGCUCCUACCACGAGAGUGGCUCCCCGGGGUCCUCAGGCCAUCCCAGCCCACCGAGCUACAGAAAACCCGCCAAGAGCCUCACGUCUUCUUCUCUCAAAGUCAGGGAGUUGUGUCGCCUUAAAGGCACUCUCACCGGGCCCGAAGAGGAGGCCUCCGUGAGACAGAGAGCCCCCUCCCACAAGCCUGUCAACGGGAUCCAAAGGCAAAGGAGAGUGGCUGCCAACGCGCGCGAGAGAAGGCGAAUGCACGGGCUCAACCAUGCGUUUGAUGAGCUGCGCAGCGUCAUCCCAGCGUUUGACAACGACAAGAAGCUCUCGAAGUAUGAAACUCUGCAGAUGGCGCAGAUUUACAUCAACGCCCUCGCCGAGCUUCUCCAAGGUCCGGUGUCCUCCUCCUCCUCCUCCUCUUCCUCCAGCAGCAGCAGUAAUAACGACAUCUCCAACAACACCAGCUCGCCAAAGUGUGACAUUAUGCUCUCAUCCACCGCUGGUUAUGACGGAAUGAAGGACAGGGCCUCUCAGUCUCCCUCAACCUGCAGAGCAGCGGACCCUGCGCCCGUUUCAGGUAGCAGCUUACCUGUGCACAUCAGCGGGGUGCCCUUCUGUUCCUCCUUCGACGAAAGUUCGUUUUCCACUAGAGUUGAAGAAACAAUGUGUUCCCCGUCUCCUUCGUCAUCUGCUCGGGCGGGCUGUUCGCAGUUCGCAAAUGGGAGGAAAGCGUCUCCCCGGAGCGACGGAGAGUUUUCCCCGCACUCCCACUUCAGUGACUCGGAUGAAAUAGCGAUGGAGCUUCAUUCGAGUGAAGAAGACGAUCUUUCAGAACUGAAGCUGCCCUCACACCAUCACCGCACAAUUUCCUUCUAAAUUCCCACAUAAAGACACACAGUAUAGCGAAGUUUCUCUAUAGCCUACAGUGAAGUAAUGUCCAUAAAACGUGUCAAUCAUAGCGGUAGUCCUGCGUUGACGAAAUGCGUUUUUAAGAGAAAUUCUUGCUUUUUGCAAAUAAAAGAAAAAUAAGUUUAAUGUUUAAUUUAACUUGUUGCAUCGUUUAAAGAUCUUUUUUUAAAAAAAAAAAAAAAAAUGUGAGUAAGGCCUAAUUCGAUUCUGCCAAUAAAUAUCUAUCCUAUAAUUUUUCAGUCUCCAUGGAGACGUGGUUGGAAGACCCCUCUGCCAUGUCGCGCGCAGCACUGCCACGGGUAUUUCCCACGUCACUCCAACCAAAAUGCUGUCUUCCACAAAAAAUCACAAGUUUAUGGAUAAUUGCUUAUAUUUGAUAAUGUAAAGAGAUUUUUGUAGCUAUGAAAUGAGUUUCGUUGUGAUUUAUGUUUUGUUUUGUUUUUUUGUAAAAAUUAAUUUUGUUUUGCAACUUUAAAAGUUCAUGAUGUGCACUUUAAACUAUAAGAGCCAGAGGCUUUGUUUGUUGUUUGUUUGUUUUCACACCAUAAAUAUAAAAAUAGAGGUUUGCUUUGUUUGCUAGUGUAGUGCUGCCAACUCCAUACAAAUAGCCUAUUUAAUGUAGCCAUCAUUGCUGCCUUCUUUUGUAUUUUCUUUUUUUUAUCUUCACAUCAGCUUGUGUGUCUUUUUUCUUUGGUUGAAAACUGUUGUUGUUCUUGUAUGUAAUGUAUUUAUUGCUCAUAGCCCAUGUUUCAUGUGAUUUGCUUUUUUUAGUUAAAUUUGCCCCAGGAAAAAAGCAAUCAUUCGCCAUUCUUAGUUAUGUUAAUUUGAUUUUGGAAAUAAUAAAAAAAAGCAAACGAAAA